GUUGUUUUUGUGGUUACAUGUUAGAAUAGGCAACUUCCCGUUUUCCGCGGCUUUUCGCUGGGGGCGUGCCGUCUGAAGUGGACCGCUGUAACAGGAAAGUAAACACACCAUCCAGUCCGCCAAGAUGGCCUCGCUUCCCGCGGUCCGAGUGGUACUUCUGGUUGCAUUUUCAGUUUUUCUCACGGUUGUGUUGGGUUUUGGACUCCCUGCUCUGCUGAAUGCAUUCAUGAGAGUCGUGGGGUUGCCGGAGACGAGCGUGACCGAGUGCAUAGUUGCGCUGUAUGGAGUUUUUGUGCUGUACGUCGCGACGCCUCGAAUUCCAAGGGGGUUGGUGGAGGUGAGAGGGAAAGCUGUGCUUAUUACAGGCUGUGACAGUGGAUUUGGUCAUGCACUCGCCAAACAUCUGCACAACCUCGGCUUUACGGUCUUUGCCGGAUGUCUUCUUAAGGAUAAAGGUGGAGAGGGUGCAGGGGAGCUUGAGGAGUUUCAUUCAGAUCGAAUGAAGGUAGUGCAGCUGGAUGUCUGCAGCGAAGAGCAGGUGAACAAGGCUGUGGAAUACGUCAAGGAAAGCCUGGGUGACACAGACACGGUUCUUUGGGCUGUGGUGAACAACGCCGGUGUGUCAACAUUCGGAGAGGUCGAAUUUACCUCCAUGGACACCUACAAACAGGUGUCAGAGGUCAACCUGUGGGGCACCAUCAGGGUGACUAAAGCUGUUCUGCCAUUAAUCCGCAGGGCGAAGGGUCGUGUUGUGAACUUGGCCAGCAUGUACGGGAGGAUGGGCAACAUCAUGAGGUCACCGUACUGUGUAUCGAAAUACGGCGUGGAGGCCUUUUCCGACUGCCUCCGCUAUGAGAUGAAGGCGUGGGGUGUAAAAGUGUCCGUAAUCGAACCGGGCAACUUCAUCGUGGCCACCGGCAUCCUGACCCGUGACAUCGUGGCCACCACGGCCAAUAAGCUGUGGAAUGAGGCGCCCUCAGAUGUGAAGGAGGAUUACGGAAAGACCCACUUUGAGCAGAACAUGGCUCUGAUGCGCUCUUACUGCGGCAGCGGGCAGAAGGAUACAGUCUCCGUGCUGGAUGACAUCACAGACGCCAUCAUGUCCAAGCGCCCUUACACGCGGUACAACCCCAUGGAGCCGCACUGGUGGAUAAGAGUGCAGAUAAUGACCCACCUGCCUGGCGCCAUAUCUGACCUUCUUUACUUCUAAAAGAGAAGCUGUUCCUGUGUUAGCGCCCUCUGUUUCACUCUGAGCUCAGAUAGCAUAAUAUUCUAUGUAGCAGUUACACAGAUCUACAGACUUUAAGUGUAGCGCUGGCCAUUUAUUCCUCAGCAUUUGAAAUCAUUCACUGAUCGAUAAACAGUUAAAACAAAUUUUCUUAAUUGUAAGUAAAUUAUUGCACUUUGCUUUAUGUGUCUAGCAAGAAUCAUAACUUUAUCUAUACAGAUAUUCUGUUAAGUAGUAACUACUUUGUGUUUGGUAUCACCAGAGCUAUAAAUGCUGCAUCCAUAUUGCUUGCGGGGCCCCUAGUGGUAUGAGGACCAAAGCUGGCUCAAGAGAAGGCUCUUGCUGUUCUGUUGUGGCUGACAGCGGAAAAAAACCAGGGUCAGCUACUGUAGGACCAUGGUGAGAAUUUGGCUCAGCUCGCCCCCGUGUUGCAUAACGACAACACAAUCCCACUUUGUCUCGCAUGCUCUGCAGCCACCCUGCGUGGAUUGGGUUUUGGAGCAUUUCAACACCGACAACACUGUUUGAUGUGAUAAAUGGGUACCCUGGGAAUGAAAAGUGUUGCCCUCCCUCCUUUCCCUCGUGACAAAGUAUUUUGUAUAAUGGAAUGAUCCAAAUAAAUAGAGAAUUAUAUUUUAAAAUAUUA